AUGUACAGUCAUGCGAGUAGCUCACGUCUGCCAAUCCCCGCUGGUCCAACAGAGUUUGACAUCCUUAAGGCGUCUCAUAAGUUCCUCCGCGAAGACGACGCAGAUAACACAAACGGCAAGGAAAACGAAAAUAGGAAGAAUUCGUGGGAAGAUCGUCUAGCACAAAAGUACUACGCGAGUCUUUAUCGUGAGUUUGCAGUGUGUGAUUUGAAGCAUUAUAAAUCUGGGAACUUCGCAUUACGCUGGCGAACAGAAGACGAAGUCGUAUCAGGUGCAGGUGAAGAGACCUGCGGGAAUACACGGUGUCCCUUACACGCUCCUCUUUCCUCCCUUCCUUCCUCCCCAUUAGGACUGAAGACGGUGGAAUUGCCAUUUGCGUAUGCAGAACAUGGAGAACAAAAGCAGGCACUUGUGAAAGUCGUAUUGUGCGAGACGUGUUUGAGGAAGCUUAUGUGGAAGCGGGAAAAGGAGAAGGAGAAAGGGAAGAGGAGGAUGUUAGAAGAUGGAAGGACCGGGUCUGGGAAUAGGAGUGGCGAAGAUCUUACUACCACCAGGAGUGAUGAGUUGGUGAGGAAGGAGCGUGGUGUGGAUGUAACACGAGAAAGUGGAAUGGAAGAGAAGGAAAGGGAAGACCGCGAGCGAAGGCGUAAAUCUCGAAAUGGUGAUGGAGACGAGCAUGAGCAUGACAGACGAAGAAAACGUGCGGAAGAGGAGAGUAGGAAACGUGAUAGGUUGCGAUCUCGUUCACCUUCUCAUAGACGACAUCGAGGGCAUAGAGACGGUGAUGGACGUCGACAACACGAGCGAUUACCGCCAACUUGA